GGGCUAUCUGUUCAGCUGUCCAGACACACCUUAGUGUGGGAGAUAGUAUUACUUUACAAAUCUGAAACGAUAGAUCUCUCCAGGGAAGCGAAUUCUGAAUAGGGGCUUUCCAAGUACGUUUAUCUCAAUCAGUCUGUCACACUUGCUAUGGAAGCCCUGACAAAGACAUUGGAAGUCAUUCCCCAAGCCAGCGAGAUGUGGUGGGGAACACUGGGCACUGUCAGGCCGUUCCCCAACUUCACUGCUGGGAAAGAUGCUAGAGAGCUUCAUACUGCUCUGGAGAGCAAAGUCGCAGAUGUGAACACACUGGUACGAAUCCUGACUAAUCGGAACAAUGCCCAGAGACAGAGCAUUGCAUGCGCCUACCACAAGCUCACACAGAAGCUGGUCUCCAGUACCUCUGCUCCCCUGCAGGAUCUGUCCCUUGCCCUGAAGAAGGCCCUCUCUGGGGGGCUGGAGGACCUCAUGCUGGGCCUGAUGAUGACCCCGGCUCAGUUCGACGCCCACCGCCUCAGACAGACCAUGGAGGGGCUGGGCACGGAUGAGGAGGGCCUGCUGGAGGUGCUGUGCACCAAGUCUCCACAGCAGCUCAGGGACAUCACCGUGGCCUACAAGCAGGAGUUCGACCGCUACUUGGAGAAUGACCUCAUCAGCGAGACGAGUAAGGAGUUCACCAAACUGGUGCUGGCCAUACUCAAGAAGGAAGAGACUAACGUAAAGGGCUUCAUUAAUUACCAACUCAUUGAUCAGGACACUAAGACUCUAAAUGCAGCAAUCAGUGGUAAAAAAACAGACCCAGCCCCCUGGAUCCAGGUGUUAACCACCCGGGAUUCAGUUCACCUCAACAGAGUGUUUUCCAGGUUGGAGGAUUUGAGAAAGGAGAGAGUGGAAAAAAUGGUUCAAACUCACUUCUCUGGGGAUGUUAAAAUUGGCUUUCGCAUACUAGUUUGCUGCAUCCAGAGUAUUCCUGCAUACCUGGCACAGAGGCUGCAGAGCAACAUUAAGAAAGGGCGUGCUAUGCAGUGGAUACUCAUCAGCCACAGUGAAGAUGAUCUGCUUUGCGUCCGAAUGGAGUUUCGCAGGCUGACCAACAAUUCCCUAUACUCUACACUACAGAAAGAAUACAAAGGAGAACUGCAGCAAGCUCUUCUGGCCUUGUGUCGAUCUGAAGACCUUUAAAUGAGAUAAAAAAUAA